AUGGCCGACAUCGCUUCGAAGACCCCUCCCGGUACCUCCCCAAUGAACCACCACAAGAAGGAGCCAUCGAACCUUCUGUUGGGUCGUUUUGAGAUUGGGAAGCUCCUUGGUCAUGGAACCUUCGCGAAGGUCUACUACGCGCGGAACCUGAAAACUGGCGAAGGCGUGGCCAUCAAGGUAAUCGACAAGGAGAAGAUUCUGAAGGGAGGUUUGGUGGCGCACAUCAAGCGCGAGAUCUCCAUUCUCCGUCGCGUGCGCCACCCCAACAUCGUGCAACUCUUCGAAGUAAUGGCCACCAAGAGCAAGAUCUAUUUCGUAAUGGAAUACGUUCGCGGGGGCGAGCUUUUCAACAAGGUCGCAAAAGGGAGGCUCAAGGAAGAGGUUGCGAGGAAAUACUUUCAGCAGUUAAUCUCCGCAGUAGGGUUCUGCCACGCCAGAGGGGUGUACCAUAGAGAUCUCAAACCUGAAAAUCUCUUGCUUGAUGAGCAUGGUAAUCUCAAGGUGUCUGAUUUCGGGCUGAGUGCGGUUUCUGAUCAAAUACGACAGGAUGGGUUGUUCCACACUUUUUGUGGGACACCUGCUUAUGUUGCUCCAGAGGUUCUGGCGAGGAAAGGGUACGACGGUGCCAAGGUGGAUCUCUGGUCUUGUGGGGUUGUGUUGUUUGUGUUGAUGGCGGGGUAUCUACCCUUUCACGACCAGAAUGUUAUGGCAAUGUACAAGAAGAUUUACAGAGGGGAGUUUCGGUGUCCCAGGUGGUUUUCUCCUGAUUUGUCCAGGCUUCUCACGAGGCUUCUUGAUACUAAACCUGAAACCCGGAUUGCGAUUCCCGAGAUUAUGGAGAACAAGUGGUUCAAAAAAGGGUUCAAGCAGAUCAAGUUUUAUGUUGAGGAUGAUAGGCUUUGCAAUGUGGAUGAUGAUGUGCUUUUGGACAAUGACGAUGAUACAGCUUCCAUUGUUUCUACUGCUUCUUUUUCGGAUUACUCGGUCUCGGAGUCUGAUUCUGAGGUUGAGAUCAAGAGGAAGAAUGCUCCUUUGCCUAGACCUCCUAGUUUGAAUGCUUUUGACAUCAUAUCUUUCUCCCCCGGGUUUAAUCUCUCUGGGUUGUUUGAGGAGAAGGAGGAUGAGACCAGGUUUGUGACUGCUGCACCGGUUAACAGGAUUAUUUCCAAGUUGGAGGAGAUUGCUCAGUUGGUCAGUUUUACAGUGAGGAAGAAGGAUUGCAGGGUGAGUUUGGAGGGUACCCGAGAGGGGGUGAAGGGGCCUUUGACUAUUGCUGCAGAGAUUUUUGAGUUGACACCUUCUUUGGUUGUGGUGGAGGUGAAGAAAAAGGGAGGGGAUAAAGCUGAGUAUGAUAGGUUUUGUAACAAUGAAUUGAAGCCUGGACUGCAGAAUUUGAUGAGGGAGGAGUCUGCAACUUCUUCAGAGAUGUCGACACCUGAAACUUCCUUGCUACGUGGCCUUUCUGACCCUGUUCAGGAUAAUUCUUCUGAUAUCGGAAGCCCAUGCUAUAUACCUUCUGAGGGUUGA